AUGGGAAAUCGUAAAAGAGUGAUUGAUUUGUUAAGGACAAUUAACGUUGCCUCAUGUCAAUGUCCAGCUCAUGGAUACAGAGGUAACACGCAACUCUCAAAUGCUACUCCACAAAAAGAUUAUGCCUUUGAGAUAAAAAACUCCUGUCUGAGAUAUGGGAUAGGUGUGACGCGCGAAGUUGGUCAAGACUUAGUGAACAUGAACGCAAAAAAUGUGUGCGUGAUGACUGACACCAAUGUCGUUAAAUUACCCGCUUUUAAAACAACAGUCGAUUCACUAACGAAGAACGGUGUCACUUACAAAGUUUUUGACAGAGUACGGGUUGAACCCACAGAUAGUAGUCUAAAAGAAGCCAUAACGUUCGCGAGAGCGAAUGACUUCGACAGUUUCGUUGCUGUUGGCGGUGGCUCAGUCAUGGACACGCUUAAGGCAGCAAAUUUAUAUUCCUCUGACCGUGAUGCUGACUUUCUGGAUUAUGUAAAUGCACCUAUUGGCAAAGGAAAACCUGUUAAGCUGAAAAUGAAGCCCAUGAUUGCUUUACCAACGACAAGUGGGACAGGAAGCGAGGCGACUGGUGCUAUUAUUUUUGACUUAGAAGAGUUACGCGCUAAGACGGGAAUUUCGCAUGACGCUCUCAGACCCACGCUUGCCAUUGUGGACCCUCUACAUACCCUUACUAUGCCCGAAAUGGUAACCAAAUACUCAGGUUUUGACAUAUUCUGCCACGCACUGGAGAGCUUUACUGCGAUACCUUACAACGAGAGAGGGCCUGCUCCUUCCAACCCGGCGCUCAGACCGUCCUACCAAGGCAGCAACCCGAUAUCUGACGUGUGGGCUCGUUUCUGUCUAGACACGAUCAAGAAAUACUUCAGCCGUGCGGUUUACAAUUCAGACGAUUUUGAGGCUCGCUCCAAAAUGCACUUGGCAUCGAGUAUGGCUGGUGUCGGGAUAGGCAGCGCUGGAGUUCAUUUAUGCCAUGGUCUCGCUUAUUCCAUAGCUGGAAAAGUAAGGGACUUCAAGCCUGCUAACGAUGUAUAUGGUGCAUCACCAAUCGUCCCCCACGGCCUGUCUGUUGUAAUGACAGCACCUGCAGUCUUUCGGUUCACAGCACCGAGUGACCCUGACAAACACCUCGAAGCAGCCAGUCUUUUGGGGACUGAUAUCACACGAGUGAAGCAAGCUGACGCCGGUAAAGUGCUCGCUGAUACAAUUAUCAAGUAUAUGGACAUGAUGAAGAUCGAAAAUGGACUUAAAGUACUCGGUUAUAACACAGGAGAUAUACCAAACUUGGUUAAAGGAGCUUUGCCACAGCAACGACUGUUGGGGUUGUCGCCUAUCCGGCAGUCUGAAGAGGAUAUAUCGAAACUUUUUGAAGAUUCACUUACCAUUUACUAA